AUGUCAUCAAUUAAAUUGAUUACUGUCAUUUGCUUUUUGUGCAUGUUAAAUGUUGUUUUUGCACAAAUUCCAAACAACAAGGCUGUUAUGGGAGGUAACUUGGGAGGCUUAGCCGACUAUUCUAAUAAUUUGGUUUUCAUCGAUGCCAUGAGAACUGCUCGUUAUUGGGGUCAAGCAGAUGCUCCAUGGAACACUUUACCAGUUGACCAAUACAAUCAAGAUUCGUAUCCAGUUGGAUAUUCUGCUGGUACAGUUGUUUUCAUUCAACCUGCAGGUACUGUCAAUGGAACUUAUUAUUUUCAAGGUGAUGGACAGUUGACAGUCGAUUUGGUUGCUAGCUCAGAUUGUGAAUUGGUCAAUUUCACAUAUUCAAAUGGAAAGACAACUGGUUAUAUUGUAGUUGGUGAUCAAGCUACUCAACUCAUGUUAGGAUUCACUCAACCAACAAACACAUCUUUCCAAAACAUUCGUCUAAUUCGUCCAGGUUUCACCAUUCAAGAUGCUGACACUCUCAUCUUUCUUCCAAGCUUUAUUCAAGAUAUUAAGGAUUUGAAAUUGAUUAGAAUGAUGGAUUGGUGCUCUACGAAUGCAAAUCCAAUUACAAAAUGGAGUGAAAGAGCUAGAUCAACAAUUUCAACAUUCUCAACAAGCAAAGGAAUUUCAUACGAAACUAUAAUUGCUUUGGCAAAUAUGCAUGAUAAGGAAGUUUGGGUAAAUAUUCCAGCAAUGGUCGAUGAAGAUUACAUUUUACAAAUGGCAAAGCUUUUUAAGGAAAAAUUGAGUCCAAAUCGAGUUUUUUAUUUGGAAUAUUCGAAUGAAAUUUGGAAUUCAGGUUUCGAACAAACAGAUUGGAAUUUUAAUUAUGCAGAAUAUUUGGUAACUGUUGGGAAUAUGACUAUUUUCAAUUAUGAUCAGGUGAAUAACAAGUAUACUUGGGGAUUUAGAAGAACUGGUUAUGUGGCCUAUCGUAUUUCUGAAAUAUUUGCAUCUGUUUUUGGAGAAAGCAAACGAAACACUCAAUUUAGAGUUGUUUUGGCUGGUCAAGGUGCCAAUUCAUAUAUUGUUAGUCAAGGUUUACAAAUGAUUGAGAAAUUUGGAGCUCCUUCCAAAUAUCUCUAUGCCAUCGCCUCAGCUCCAUAUUUCCAAAUUGACAAUAAUUAUUCUGGAACCAUGUCCAAAGAUGCUGUUCUAAAUGAAUUGGAAUAUCAAAUGAAUAGAUCACCAGCUGUCUAUGAUUAUGGUAAUUACAUUUGCAUGGCCAAAUUCUAUGGCCUCAAACAUAUGGCUUACGAAGGUGGACCAGAUACUUUCGGACCUUACAAUAUUCAAUCUAAGAGAUUGGCAUCAUUCGAACCAAGAAUGAAACAGAUUACCAUUGAUUUUUUGAGAAAUUGGUUCAGUUAUGGAUUUGAUGCCUUCGUGUGGUAUACUGUUAGCUAUGGAGGUUAUGAUUCACAAUAUGGAACUUGGGGAUGGGCUGAAUAUAUUUCAGAUUCGUAUAAGCCAAAGAGAGAGGGAAUUCUCUAUAUGGUCAAUAAUCCAAACGUUCCUUACAAUACUACUGUAUUUAAACUAUUUGCAGGACCAGUCAAUUCAAUUUUAAGCACUCCUGCUGUCAAGCAUCAAUUGGCUGACUCUUCUUCAAGUGCUACUGUUCUUGCCUCAGCUCAAUUGGACUCUGUUUAUUAUUAUCCAAUGAUUAAUACUAGACGUGGUAUUUAUUCAGUCAGAAUUGAAGCUGCCAAUGUCUUGAAUGGUGGAGGAUAUCUUGGAAUUUAUAUGAAUAAUGUUAAAUUAGGAUCUGUUCUUUCGAAUUCUGCUGUAUAUAAUUUUACAAUUCCAAUUAAUUCUGGAAUUAUUGAAAAGGGACUCAAUGUUGUUACAAUGGUCAUUGAAACAGACAGAGCUCUCAAUAUUAGAACUGUCAAUGUCACUCUAAUUCAAGAAGUUGCUGAGCCAGUUCCAACACCAACACCAAUUCCAGCACUCAUUUCCACAGUUAGCAAUAAUGAUAAUAGAACAAUUACAAUUUCCACCUCUUCAACUCUCACCAUGAACGUAAUGAUUGCCUUAUCUGCAUUAUUAUUCAUCACUUUAUUCAUCCAAUUGUAAAAUUUCUUACAUAUUUACAAAUAAAUAAAUCACAUAUAUUAUCAUGUG